AUGUCCACAUCAAUCUCUACAAGCGAGUCACCACAAGCAAACACGGGACGGUAUUUUUUAUAUAACAAAUUUGAGGAGCAUAGGAACUACAAAAAAGCAUUAGAAAUAUUAUCUGAUCAUGAGUGUUAUCGUUAUGCAGAAAAAGCAAGAAAUUGUUUAGCCAAGUAUAUGUUCUUUUUAACAAUUGAGAUUGGGCAAUUUCAUAGUGAAAAAUCUUCUUCGGUUGUCGAUGGAUUUUGGAGGAUGAUAGAUAAAAGACGACAUCAUGACGAAAUCGAACUUGAGAAGGUUUAUCUAAGUCAAUCCGAGGAAGAAAAUAGCCCAAAAAUUCCGACAUUUGGAUCAUCGAACGAAGAUGCAUUUCUUACACGGUUGGAUUCCUCGUCCGAGUAUACUCCGACUACACGGUUAGGUUCCUCAUCCGAAUAUAUUCCUUCCGAUGGAUCAGAGGAAGAUGAUGAAUUUGAGGUUAUUUUAGUAGGGCGUAAAAAACUCAAAAAGACAAAUGAAUUAUCAUCUUCUCCUUCUCUUCCAUUGCCUGGGCUAAGAGGAAGAGCGACCAAAUUUAGGGAUAAUGGUGGAAUAGAUUUGCAAGAAAAGGAUAAGCCAGCUACAAGCUGCAAAUAUAGUUUAAGAAAAAGACAACAUGUUGAUUACAAUGAG